ACACGCGUAUCGAUGUUAUCGAUCAACAUGGGGAUCUUCAAAACGGUGCUGUUUCUCGUCGCGCUUGUCUCGUAUAGAGUUCAGUGUUUAUCGGUCGCGAACGAGUCUUCGAUCGCAAAUCCAGCAACGUCUAAACCGUUGGAGUUGAGCGCGGAGGUCGAUCAUUACGAUCAACGUCAAAACGGGAGCGAAAAUUACCGUGUCGGUUUGGACGGACUGGUGGUCGUGUUCGCCCCUGCCGAGGUGCUGCUCCUAGCGAACGCUGCCGCCGCUAACAAGCCUAUCUUACCGAUACUCCCUGAGUCCAAGCCGACCGUGAGUAAACCGGAAGCGGAGGAUCCACCUACACCGGCGCCCAAGUCAACGAACAGGGGCGGUUCACGUUUAACGGAUUUAUUGAUCCCGUUCUUACGUCGAUUUCAACAUCAGGAAUGA